GUCUGUGAGGAGCAGAAGUGUGAGGAGGAGGUCUUCCCUCUGGCGAUGAACUACAUGGACCGCUUCCUGUCUGUGGAACCCACCAAGAAGAGCCACCUGCAGCAGCUGGGGGCCGUCUGCAUGUUCCUGGCAUCCAAACUGAAGGAGACAAUGCCACUCAGUGCCGAGAAACUCUGCAUCUACACCGACAACUCCAUCACAACCACCCAGCUGCUGCAAAUGGAGCUGCUGGUUCUGAAUAAGCUGAAGUGGGACCUGGCUUCAGUGACCCCCCUUGACUUCCUCGACCACUUCCUGUCUCAGCUGGCUGUCAGGAGAGAGAACAGGCCCAUCCUCAGGAAGCACGCUCAGACCUUCGUGGCUCUGUGUGCCACAGAUGUGAAGUUUAUUGCCAGCCCCCCCUCCAUGAUAGCAGCAGGCAGCAUGGUGGCAGCGGUGGAGGGGCUCCAGAUGAGGAUGGUGGGCAACAGCUUGAUGUCUCAGAAACUGACAGAGCAGCUGGCACAGACCAUCAGGAGUGACCCGGACUGUCUCAGGGCGUGUCAGGAACAAAUCGAGGUGCUGCUGGAAACCAGCCUCAGACUGGCACAACAACCCCAACACACAGUUGCCAUGGAAACUAAGAACAUCAGCGAGGAGCAGGACCUCUCAACGACACCCACAGAUGUCCGGGACAUCAACAUCUGACUGAGUGACGGAGAGACAGGAGCAGGUGGAGCUGAUGAAGUGGACAGAAACACAUGGCUUUGUGUCACAUGUGGAGUGUCAAAGGGAGCUGGACUCAACAGUGUUUGGAACUGUUUACAUGAGGUCCAGUAUGAACUGAGGCGGGACCUGAGGAGGCGCUGACACCUUCAGGACAUGAGAACCUUAACACUGUUACCAGCUGACUCAGAGAACAGGGGGCAGUCGGCUGCAGCCACCAAUGUGUUGUUUUCAAGGCUGUCUGGACCCAGGCCGCAUUUACAAAAGGAAAAUAAAACCAUAUCACAGAGACUGAAAAGUGACUGGGGCGUUUAAAUGCCUGUAUCAAAUGUGUUAUUCAUACAAAAUGAGAAGAAGAAUACAGAUUUAGCUGGCGACACACCUCACUGACGGUGAAGCUCUCGUAUGAUCAAAAGGAAACUACGUGGGUUAACAUCUUUUUAAAUGUGCAUCUUUACAUAAGACUGGAACAGCAGGAAAUAGCUGCCCUAAACAAGUCUAUUCUGUAUUCCUAUACAUAGAACCAUACUGCCUUCUAUAGCAUGUCACAUAAGGAGUGUGCCCUCAGCCACUUAAAGAGAUCUUACUUGAUUUUAAAUAUUCUAAGUCAUAAUAUGAUUUUUUUUAUUGUGUUUGAUUACAAGUUUGAUAAACAUGGGUCCUGGUCAACAUGUAAAGUGCUUACAGUAUUGAGCUGUAUGGUUUUGCUUCAAGACCAUGUUCAAGACGCAAGACAUGAUGGUAAACAUGAACAUGAUGAUGUCAUCAUUAGUGAGGUUGAGGUUUCUAAAUUGAGACCCAGAAAAGCUUAUCUGUUUGUUUUUUGGCUGAUAAAAUGUACUUAUGGAAUGUGUUGAAACCGUUAUUAUAUGUUAUUACUGACUUGAACCACUGCUCUCAGUGUAGUGCACACCUUACACCACUAGAGGAAGCUCAGUGCAUCUCCUGUGCAUCAGAAGCAAAAUACAUUGAACAAAAACAUGAAGACCAAUUGUGUACACACACACACACACACACACACACACACACACACACACACACA